UUCACCAAAAGUACUCUUUUAAAAACUCUGCGGAUGUCGAAAAGGAUGGAUACGCAACUAUCUGCAUGCAAACAUAUGUACACGUAUAUACAGGUGUGUGUGUAGAACAAACAAAUUAUCUUGAACGACUCGACGACUUGUUAGGAAUUCCAAUCAAAUUGCGCGACCUUCAAAUAAAUAAAAGAAAAUACAAAGUCCGUGGUUGUCGAGUGUAGCCGUUGAAGGAAUUAACUCAUAUCCGGUGCUUAAAAUUCCAACAGGCCAAAUCAAUAAAACCUAAAGAUAAUAGAGCCAAUUGACGUCGAACAGAAUAUAGGUCCAAGCAAGAACAAAGCAAAAGGAAUCGUAAAAGCGGAAAAGGUUUGAGUAGCAGUUGUGCGAGUGGAAUUGGAUUCGCUGUCGGAGGAGGAGCACACAGACGGCAAGAUGAUGACAACAGCUUCCUUGGCUCCAUUGGCUUCCCUGGCACCACUCCCCACAACUCGCAUGAUGAUGGGCACCGCCAACAACAUGGACAUGAUGACUUCGGCUUCUGCAAAUAUCACAAUGCAGCAGUCGCAGUCCCAUUCGCCGCCGCAGCUGCAGACGUCAACGAUAACAAUGGCAGCACUUGAGUGGCAAUAUUUUCAGGCAGUUUCGCUGUUUCGACGGCGAAAAUAUGAAAAAUGCGUUGAGGUGUGCAAUGGCAUGUUGCGCGCAGGCCACGAAACAAAUGUGCAAAUGUUUACCUCUCCACCGGAGAAUCACGAUGCCGGUGCAGAAUACACUAACAGGGGAGCUGGCGGUGGCAGCGACAGCAGCUUUGGUAAAAUGAGCAUCACGCAAGGCAACGCGCCUUCAAGGCAGGUACGAGGCCAAAACUUCAAGAACAACAACACCAAUGCAAAGAAUAGCAAUGUCAAUGGUAAUAACAAUAAAGUGAACAUGCCCACGUGGAUGAUGGAGGGCGUUUGGCAAUUAAAAAUGCGCGCACUUACCCAGCGCGUCUACCUCGACGAUCUCGAGACGGAUGAUGCCUUCGAGGGGGAGAAUGAGGAAGUGGAGUUAGAGCGAAUCGCCACAGCCGCCAGGCCAGGUACCUCAAUUAAAACCGCAUUUAUACCGCGGCCAAGUACGAGCACAUUGCGCGCAAACUCAACGACUGCAACAACAAGAAAUGGUCUGCCGUUAAGCGAAGGUAGCCGCACAACCACUGCACAGAGCAACAAAAGCAUGCGACCGAAGUCGAGCAUGGUACGCCCCGGGACGGCUACAUCUCGGCCAGGUUCUUCAGUUGGCAGCCGACCAGCAUCAAGAUCUGGCACUGCCUCACGCAUUCGCGCUACAUCCGCGGCUACCUAUACCGUGGGCGAUGUAACGGCCAAACUCUAUCAGGCCUCGCGUCUCAAUCCCACCAUAUAUGCCGAGCGGGAGGCGCUUAUCAAGGCGCUUUUUCAAUUCCUUUACUAUCACGAAUCGGAUGUGCAAAAGGCGUAUUCACUUUGCGAGGCGGUUAUGGAGGUGCACAAGCAAAAACGCACUUCGGGUUCGAGUCGUUCUGGUGCGCCGGUCGAUUGGUGGUGGGAUCAGCAAACAGGCAGGUGUCUACUUAUAAUGCGCUUACCGCGAAAGGCCGAAACCUAUUUAGUGCAAUCGUUGGCCAUAUUUCCACAUCCUGAUACCUUUUUGUUGCUGUCACGCUUGUACCAGCGGCUGGAUGAGCACGAUCGAGCGCUCGAACUUAUAAGUAUGGCUGUUGAUCGGCACCCUUUUAACGUAACCUUUCGCACCGAACAAGGCCGUAUUCUCGAUGCUAUGUCUAAACCUGAUGCUGCCAUGCAAAUAUAUCGCCUCAUUACAAAGCUCAAUCCCAUACAUGUCGAGGCGCUGGCCUCUAUAGCAUUAAACCACUUCUAUGAUGGAAAUCCCGAGAUGGCGCUUAUGUACUACAGACGAAUUCUUUCCUUGGGAAUUCAUUCAGCAGAACUCUAUUGCAAUAUUGCUUUGUGCUGUUUAUAUGGCGGACAAAUCGACCUGGUGCUGCCCUGCUUUCAACGAGCACUCUUGUUAUCCAAGACAGCGGACCAAAAAGCGGACAUCUGGUAUAAUUUAAGCUUUGUUGCGCUAUCAACUGGAGAUUUUCACUUGGCUCGACGUUGUCUCCAGCUCUCUUUGACCGCUGACGCACGCAACGGCGCCGCACUAAACAAUUUGGCUGUGCUUGCCGCACACACUGGCGACUUAAUGCGCGCCAAGUCGUAUCUCCAAGCAGCGAAGGAAGUGAUCGGCAGCAGCUCGGAAGUCGACGGCAAUUUAGAAUACAUGCAAGCACAUUACAAACUCUAAUCAAUAAGUCAAUAUGCAAACCUAAAGGGUGUCUCAA